AUGCUUCUCCUUCGGCACCCCUCUGUCGACACCGUCGUGGAACGCUUCCUGGUGGGGAAGGGUGCCGGGGUUGGCGCGAGGGAGGAGGGUGCUGCCAGUGAUGAUCAGAAGAUGGAGAAGCGGCACCAGGAGUUCGACGAGAUGCGCACGGACCUAUCCGAGGUGAAGAAGUGGACCGAGCGCGAGGAGGUCACCGCGAAUGAGCGUGACACGGGGGAGCCGAUAGCGGCUUGGGUUGACCCGAAUGUGCGCGACAUGGGGGACGAGGACAUGGUGGCCUUCUUUGCCGCGCUGAUGCAGCGCCCAACCGGUGGGGGCGGGGGGGGGGGGGGGGGUGGCAGCGGCUGGAAGAAGACCGUCAUCCGCCCGAUCGAGCAGGACGAUGCCCCGCACGUCUGCUUCUCCAAGGGCCGCGUGGGGUUUUUCAGCAAGGCGAGCGAUCUAGCGGUCCUGACCGGCACCCAGGUGGCCGCUCUCACCUUCUCGCCCGACGACAAUGCCUUCUCCUUCAGCCACCCCUCCGCCGACACCGUCGUGGAACGCUUCCUGGUGGGGGACGGUGUGGGGGCUGGCGCGAGGGGAGGUGCUGCCAUCGAAGAUUAGAAGAUGGAGAAGCUGCACGAGGAGUUCCACGAGCUGCGCACGGACCUAGUCAAGGUGAAGAAGCAGACAGAGCGCGAGGAAGUCACAGCGAAGCAGCGUGAUGCGGGGGAGCCGAUAGCGGCUUGGGUUGACCCGAACGUGCGCGACAUGGGGAACGAGGACUUGGUGGCCUUCUUUGCCGCGCUGAUGCACGUGAAUGACGUCAUCUCCGAAUGCCCCAACCAGGUUCUCUUUCGCGUCGACGUGAGCCGCACGGAGGAGGAGAUGCCUCCACCGUUGGUGUUCGCCGCGGGUAUGGAAAUGGAGGAGAUGCAGAUGGUGAUACCUCAGCCGCUAGGAUUCGAUGAUGAGAUGGGGAUGCCUCCGCCACCAGAGAUCACUGCUGGGCUGGAGACGAAUGUCGGCUUCCCGUUCCCGUACUGA